AUGCUCCGCCGUCGUGUGGCCAAGGACAAGGACGGUGCGUCCGCAUCGCCGUCCCCGUCCGACUCCCGCGACAUCCCCGACUCGACUGCGUCGGCGCAGAAGAAACCCAAAGGAGAGUCGUUUGUCACCAAACCUCGGAGUAAACGGCGCAAUGGUCUUAUCUUCGUUCUGGGUGGCUUGUUUGGUGUCCUCGUGGCCGUUCUCUUCGCCAACCAGCAGGAUGUGAUCAGUCUGGAUAGCAUAAUGGAUCUGAACUUGGAGUCGUUGAUGGAUGUUAUGCCUCAGGGAUUGCUCUCGGAUGUCAGGGAAUUCACGCAACAUGAACGCGACACCGUCGCAUACGACUCCUUCUCCGUCGGUCUGCACCUCCAAGCCGAAGGCGUCCACGCCAAACACCCCAUUGUCAUGAUCCCCGGCGUUAUCUCGACCGGCCUCGAGAGCUGGGGCACCGACGCAAACUCCCGCCAGUACUUCCGUCGCAGACUCUGGGGCAGUUGGAGUAUGAUGCGCGCACUGGUCCUCGACAAGACCGAAUGGAAGAACCAUAUCAUGCUAGAUAAGGAAACCGGCCUGGAUCCCCCCGGCAUCAAGCUCCGCGCCGCGCAGGGCUUUGACGCCACUGACUUCUUCAUCACCGGCUACUGGAUCUGGAACAAGAUCCUCGAGAACCUCGCAACCAUCGGCUACGACCCGACCAACGCCUUCACCGCCGCCUACGACUGGCGCCUCUCGUACCCCAACCUCGAGCGCCGCGACCAGUACUUCAGCCGACUGAAAUCCUACAUCGAGACCGCCGUCCAGGUCGGCGGCGAAAAGGUCACGCUCGCGUCACACAGCAUGGGCUCACAGGUGGUGCUGUACUUCCUCAAAUGGGUCGAGCACCCGGACCACGGCGCCGGCGGCCGCAACUGGGUCAACAACCACAUCGCCAACUGGAUCAACAUCAGCGGAUGCAUGCUGGGCGCCGUGAAGGGCCUAACGGCCGUCCUCUCCGGCGAGAUGCGCGACACCGCCCAACUCAACGCCUUCGCCGUCUACGGGCUCGAAAAGUUCCUCUCCAAGGAAGAACGCGCCGAGAUAUUCCGCGCCAUGCCCGGCAUCAGCAGCAUGCUUCCCAAGGGCGGCGAGGCCGUCUGGGGCAACGCAACCUGGGCCCCGGACGACCUGCCCGACCAGUCCCAGUCCUUCGGCACCGUGCUCAACUUCCGCGAAACCAACUCCUCCCACACCAGUAAGAACAUGACCGUCACCGAAAGUCUCAACUACCUCUUCGAUGAAUCCGAGUCCUGGUACCGCGACCAGGUACUCAGCAGCUACUCCCACGGCGUGGCUCACACAGCCCGCGAAGUCGAAGAGAACGAAAACAACCCCCGCACAUGGCUCAACCCCCUCGAAGCCCGGCUCCCGCUCGCCCCGGACCUCAAAAUCUACUGCUUCUACGGCGUCGGAAAACCCACCGAGCGGAGCUACUACUACCAGGAAGAACGUGACCCCCUGGUCAACCUGAACGUCAGCAUCGACACGACAGUAACUAACAACGACGGCGUCGAUCACGGCGUCCUCAUGGGCGAGGGCGACGGCACCGUCAACCUCCUGAGCACGGGCUACAUGUGCGCCAAGGGCUGGCGCAUGAAACGGUACAACCCUGCCGGAGUGCAAGUCAAGGUCUUUGAGAUGCCGCAUGAGCCGGAUCGCUUCUCGCCCCGUGGUGGUCCGAAUACAGGCGACCACGUCGACAUCCUCGGCCGCGCAUCCCUCAACGACCUCAUUCUUCGCGUAGCAGGCGGCCAAGGAGACCAGAUCGAAGAGACGUUCGUCUCGCGGAUUAAGGAGUACGCAGAUCGGGUACAGGUUUUUGAUGAUGAAUGA